UAAUCUUUGGUAAACCUCACUCACCCGUAAUCGUUUUGCCUCGUUUUCUCUUCUGUUAUUACCCGCCUUUACGAAGUGCGGACUUAGAAGCCGUUACUAUUUAAAGCUAAUUCGAAAACUGCAGAAUGCUUACUUCUAUUGUUUCCUCUUCAAGCUCUCAGAGCUUUCCCGUUCCCUAUCUCGCGUCUCUCUUCUCAUCACAACCGCAUCAAAACCCUAUCUCCGUCGAUCGUCUCUCCCAAUCGGUUGUUGAAAUUGCAAAUCUCUGCCAUCUCCAUAAACUCAAGAGCAUACAAUAUCCGAUUCCGCCGAGUCCACUACGUUUCAUAGAUCGCUUUAUCAUACCUGAGGUGCGAAUCUUGAAAAUUUUCAACCUCAAGGAAUGGCAGAACAACGCAAGGAAUCCUUACCUGCAGAUUCUAAAGAGAAAAAUAAAUCGCUAGAUGAUGAGUUCGGGAAGGAAUUUCUUGGCUCCUGGAAAACCAUGUCAAUGGCAGAUGAUGAUGCCAUGGAUUUCAGCUUUGACACUGUUUUUAAAAGCAAGAAAAAGACAUUCGACUUUGACAAACUGGACAUGGAUUUUAAUCUAGACACUGAGUUUGGCAAAAUACCAUCAUUUAAGCUGGACAUGCCAGACCUUGAUUUUGCAUGCCCCCCAAAAAAGUCUUACCAAUCUACGGACAAAAAGGGAGAAGCUUCUUGUGCUAAAUCAGGGAAACAAGAUGGGUUUGAUUUCAACUUUGAUUUUAAUGAUAAAUGGGGGUUGGAUAGCUUCAAUCUUGAUUCAACCUUACUAAAAGUAGAUACUAGUAAUGACGACUGUAACCAGAGGAAGAAAGGAAUUAUCACAGAAGGCAAUGAUAGUGAAGGUGCUAAAAAUCCUAAAAUGAAUGAUGAUGAUGAAGGGGUUAGUGCAUCUGAGGAUAAUAUGACUACGAAACCUCGAGCAUCAGAGAGGCUGGAAACAUUGAAGACUGAAACUUCAGUUGGUAACCUAGGGAAUCUAGUUUCCAGACAGGAUGAUUCUGUUUCCAAAUUUUCAUCCUCAGAGAACCUUGACAUAUCGAUUAAGAAUCAGAAUUCUGAUAUAAGUAAAAUAACAAGUAUGACAGAAAUGGAUCAAGAAAAAGACUUAUCUAAGAAGACAAAGUCAACAGAAUCAAAAUCUGAGCAGAUUAUCAAUAUGGUAACUUCCCAGUCUGUAGGUCAAAGUGAUUCAGAGCAAGAUAUUAUCUCAGAACAGCAUACGAAGGUUUCUUUAUCCGAUACAAGAGUGAUUAAUGUUGCAGGAGAUAAACAAGAAGUUAAUGAUAAGGCAACACAUGUAGAUUCUGAUGUUGUAGACUUACAGUUGGAGCAUUCAUCCCCACCUCUAACCACUGAAUCAGAUGCUACUGUUAGAGAAGUUAUUAAUCUAGGCAGCAGAGCUACUGAUGACCCUCAACCAGAAAAGAGUAAUUUAAGUUAUGAACACAUUACCAAAAUUGAUGCCUUGAAGAAGAGUUCAUGUGACAAUAGCAGAAGAGAACAGAAAAGAUCAGCUCUGGAGUGUCAUUUGGCUACAGCAAGCAGUAACCCCAUAGUUGAUAAAAUCACAUUGAUAAAAGAUAAAGAACUCCAAGUUAAGCAUUCAAACAUAUUCAGUAUGCCAGAUAACAAAAGGUCUUUAAAGCAUCCUUCUUCAACAACAGCUGGGACUAAGAGUAUCUCCAUAACCCAAGCACGGGAUAGCUUCAAAUCAAAUGACACAAAAUUUGGAAGCAAAACGGUAAGCGAUUCACUCCCAGGUUCCAGCAAAGUAACUAGGGAUACACCAGCAUUGCUUGGCAGCAAAGAUGAUCAUAAAAAUUUAAAUACCAGUUCUCAAGUUAAUCUUUGCAGCUUAACAGAGAAGACAGCUAUAGUUACUACCCAAAUAUCUGUAAAUUCUCAAGCUGAAGCUUCAGGCAAGGAGUCCUUUCAGAAAUCAAAGAUCACGUCCAUAGAAGGAAAUAAAAUUUCUUCUUUUAAAGCUUGCAAGAUCACACCUGCCUUUUCUAGCUUAAAGACUUCAAGGAACAUUGGAACUAACUCAGUUUUAGUAACGUCUUUACACCAAAAUGGGGCCAACUCAUUGGCUAGUUCUAAGCAAAGACAGGAGAUACAGACUAUUACAGCAUCAAAGAAUGAUCAUCUGACUGACAGUGGUGACAAUCAAAAGACUUCAACCCCAUUUUUGAAGAGGAAAAGUAUUCAGGUUUCUGGAGCAGAUUUAACAUCCUUGAGGUCCCUAAAGCGCCUAUCUCAGUCUCCAAGUAGCAGAAAUGCUGAAUCUAAAGAAUCAUCAGAAAAAGUUGUUGAACAGGUAGAGAGAAAGCCCAACAACUUCCUCUACUAUCAUUCAACCUAUGGACUUGAAAGUCCAUCAGAGAUUAAAGUAAUAGAAAUGGAAAUACCUGAUUCUGUACUCAUGGAAGAUAAUAGUAGUGUUGAAAAGGCUGAAGCAUAUACGAAGGAACUUGAAAAUAUUUGUAACAUGCUAAAAAAAAGGCACGAAGAAGCAAAAGAGUUAUUAGUGCGAAUUAUUGUCAACGACAAUAACUUGCUGAUGCUUAAUCAUCCCGUUUAUGAAGAAAAAAUUCGAAAGGUUCAGAAGUUUGCUUCUCAAUUGAUGUCUAAGGGGAUUCAAACUUGAUCAGCAAUAAAUUGUUGCAAUCGAAGCAAGGCCUUCUGUUGUCUAUGUCCCUUUCUUAGCUAAGCAACAUUGUGCUGAAUUUCAUCCAUUCAAAAUCAGAUGUUUCUUCUAGUCACACAAAGUCCCUUUUUCUGUUAUUUUUGUUACUCAUUCAUAUCAUAAACUAGAUGCUGACCUACCCAAUGCAUGGGUUAUUAGACAAAAAUAAUUCCAUUUGUUAAGUAUAAAUGGAAUUUAAUAUGAUCAACUGCACUGGGGGUGUAAGAAAGAUACGCUUAUGGCCACUAAAGCCAGUCAAAUGUGCAAUCUUCAAUGUGUAGCAAGAAUAUAUAAUUGGAUGAAACAGAAUUCAAUUAAUUUAGUAGAGGCCUAUAUAUGCAUCCAUGCAAUAUACAGAUUUGUAGUAACUAUAAGCCUAGCUACCAUUUAUGCAUCAAUCAUUUCACAUUUUUAUUGCAUAAAGAGAGAUUAAGUUGCUUCACAUGAUCCACUCGCUGACUUUUUUGUUUUAAACUAAUAGAGUUAAAACAGUAGAAAUGAAAGUUUGAAAAUAGUUAUUAGUUAUAGAGUUGUGUUAAGAGAAAGGAUCUUCUUCUUCCUUUUCUAUUCUUCUAUGUGUUGUUCACCAUUGUUAACACAAGAAACCUAUUUUACUUUAUAGGCAAACCUUUUUUAAUUAAGAAACCUUUUGUAAAUCUGGUGUACUUAUUGAAUACCGUAUUCCUUCUUCCAUUUCUGGUCUAGAAGAAGAAAAAUGAAUCACCAAGGAGUAAAAUAGCAUGUAUGCAUCUUAGUUAUAGCUCCACACAAGCACAACCAAAAAUGCAUAAUCUGAACGGUUAAGUAACCAACUAUGCAUGUUAUUAACUCCAAAA